AUGAUAAUCUCCAAUCACCACAGGAAGCCACUGCUCUCCGAGUUCUACCAGCCUUACGUGUUUCUGGAAACAUUAGACAAAUGUUUUGAAAAUGACUGUGAACCAGAUUUAAUAUUCCAUGUAGACAAUGUUCACAGUGUCCUUGAAGAAAUAGCAAUGGGGGGAAUGGGAUUGCAGACCAACAUGAAUGAGACUGUAAUGCAAAUUGAUGCAUGGAAUAAACUGAAUAAAUCCGAGGCAGGUUUAGUGGGAGCUCUAGCCCCUGCUGUAUCAGCUGUAAAGAAUAUGAAUCUUCCUGACAUUCCAAGAAAUAUUGACAUUGGUGACAUCAGUAUACAAGUGCCAAACCUGCCCUAUUUUAUAUGA